AUGGCAAAAAGACAUAAGCAUUUCGAUAAAAGAAAUACAAAACCCAAAACAAAAGGAAAGAAUAAAAACAAAGGAAAAAGCCAAGGUAAAAAUAAAUCUAAUAAGCCCAUACCUUUUAACCCAGAUUUAUUGCAAUCUUUAGAUGGUACAGAUGACAUUUAUUUACCAUCUAAAGAAGAAAUUCAACUUGAUUCUUUUAGAUAUGCUGAAUCCUAUGAACAAUUUUAUUUUAAUAAAAAGAAAUCAAAUAUGCAAAGAGCAGGUUUGAAAUACUUCAAUGACAAUUUAGAUAACAAUACUAGAGCAUUUAGAAAAAGACCUGUAGAAUUUAUCAAAGCUAAGAAUGAUUAUAAUCCUUCAAAAGAACUAUUUAUUAAAUUAGGAAUAUUAAAAGAGGAGGAAAAAAAUGAUAGACAUAACUUAGAAGAUGAGCUAAAGGGUGAGCUAGAGAGUAAAUCAGAGGCUGGAGUAGGUGCUGCCUUUGAUAUUGAGCAAGAACUGGAUCUAGAAGAUGGUAACGACCUUAACAAUCUGGAUGAAGAUAUUGAAGUUAUAAAUAAUAGUGACGCUGAUUCGUUAAGUAGGAAUACUUUAAUAGAAGAUACCCCCAAUCAUGAGUUGUUCUUCAUCGAUGAGGGUGCUGUUAAUACUUCUACCAAAAAAUGUUUUAAAAGUGAUAGAUCCAUUAAUAAAUCAAAAGACAUAUAUUCUAAUAUAAACAGUUCUGAAUGCAGUACUAAUUCAUCACAAGCAAAAAUCUCAAAAGAUAUUCCAAAUUUAGAAUUCAAUCCAAUACUUACUAUUGGUAAAACUGAAUUACAACUUGAAAAUAAAGACAAUCAAAUAUCAGUAACAUCUUCAUACUCUAACUAUAUUUCAAAUGUUAUGAAUAAUGUUAUUAACAAUUCAGAAAGUGAUAUAGAUAAUGAACUUGAACUAUUAGAAGAGUCUAAAAUUGAACCAAGCAAUGAAGAGUUUGCUGAAAGGGAAAAAGAAUACGAUGAAAGAGAAAUAACGAAGAUAAGACAACCUAAUAGCACAUAUGAAUUUGAUUCACAUUUAUCCGUUCAAGACGAUCUAAAUGAAUUACAUAUAGAAGAUCAAGAUACCAAAAAUGACGAGCCUGAAAUUCCUGAAUUUGGUAUGUUAGAUGAAGAUUAUGUUGUUAAUUUUGAAGAACUACAGAUAACUAAUAUUCGAUUUAGUGUAGAUUCGAAUUCUUAUUAUUUAAAAUGUUUUGGCUUAUUAGGAAAUUAUAAUUUUCAAUGGAUUGACGAAUUGACUUUACAAGAUUAUUUAAUAGAUGAUUUAAGCUUACCUGAAUAUAGAUUUAAGCCAUUCCUAAAUUAUAUCGAAAACUUAAUUAUACCGAAGGAAGAAUCAAUUACUCCAAAUUACUCUGAUAUUCCAUUUUCUAGCUCUUCUGAAGAGGAAGAUGAAGUUACAGAUACUUUUACUGAAGAUAUGAACGAAGGACUGGAAGAUUUGAUUCUAUCUAUGACUAAAAAUGAAAAACAAAGAAUGAACAUUGAAUAUAAUCCAUUAGAUUUUGAUAUUAAGACUUUAAAAACAAAAGGAAGAGGGAAAAAAAGGAAACUAUUAGUAGAUGACGAUUUAGAUCCAUCUAUUAAAAAUUUAUUAAUUUCAAAAUUUGAUUCACGUAAUAAGAACAAGGUAAAGAAACGAAAAGAUAAAUUAUAUUUUAUUGAUUUAGAAAAUCAAAAUUCAAAUGAUCUAUUCAAAAAAUAUCCAAGAGGUUUACAUAUCUUGAAUAUUUAUGAUGAAUUUGAAAUAUUCUUAAAGAGCCAUAAAAAGAAAUUUUCAGAAAAGACGGAUUCAACACUAAAAGACUCUCUUUUAUUCCCACCUUUAGAUCCACAUGGUAAUAAAAUAUUAAAGAAAUUUGCAACUUUAUAUAAUAUGAAUUCUAAAAAGAUGGGUAAAGGAAAUAAAACCCACAUGCUAAUCCAGCUAAAUAAAAAUACUAUACGAAAAUCAAACUCUAUUAAUUAUAAUAUGAUUACUAAUCUAACAAAACAAAGACCAAUAUUUAUGAGAAUCGAUACUCAUUCAAUAAUUGAAAAAUCUGAUAUUCAUUAUAGUGAUGACACUUCUAGAAGAAAUACAAAAACAACCACAACUAGAUUAUCUUCAUUUAGAAAAGGAAAAUUUAAUUUAACAGAAGGUGAAAUAGUUGGUCAUAAUGCUCCAGAAAUUGGUAAGGAAAAUAUUGGUAGACGAUUGUUAGAAAAAUUAGGUUGGAAGAAUGGUGAGGGAUUAGGUGUAGAUGGGAAUAUGGGUAUUAAUUUGCCAAUUACUGCAAAAGUUAAAAAAACAAAAGCUGGUUUAAAAUAG